UAAGCCACAAGCUGUUUUUGACGUUCCGCUUUGGUCAGCUCUUCCUCACAUGCUCCACCAACACACGCGCACCAAUUGGGCAAGCACGAAAUUAAUGAUUCCUGUAAUCAUUCAGCAUUUGCGUGAGUCGUCAAACAUACAAAAUUUACGUUCAGUUGGGGGAAAGACCCGCCUACAGACGAGCUUGUAUCUCCAGAAUACAUCCGAUACCGCCCUGGUCAGGGCAUCAGCAGAAGCUACGACACCAGCGAAAGCAGCGGGCAGAGCAACCGCAAAAACCUCUCGGCAGUGCCACUGCUCCGAUUUUCAGUGAGCGGAUCCCAAUCGCGAGCAGCGUUUCGUCGAUGUUAGUCGUGGAGGUGGAGCAGUAGCAGCAGGAGGCCUAGCCGUAGCCGUAGACGAGGCAGCCACAGUGUCAAUUAGUAGUUUCGUAUACCACCUCAUUCAUACAACGUACCACGAGCACCACUACCACCCCUCCCCCGUACCGUGUUAUACAACAAAAUUAUUCCGUGUUUAACAUACGCCGGCUGAAAUCGCGCAACCCGAUAAUCGACGCAGCAAACGCAUCUUGAUCUAAAAUCCAAUUUCUGAGCCCAUUGGACAAGGAGUAGUCGGAACACAUUGACGAGUGCUGCAGCGUUGGAGAAAGCGGCUGUUGACAACUGGAACUGGAACUGGAUUGGUAGUAACAGGAGCAGCCACAGCAAGGGCAUACCACAAUUCGCUAGCCAGAGCAGCUUCACCCGCUUCAACCAUGAAUAUCGACGACUACGAAUCGCUGCCCACCACCAGCGUUGGUGUGAAUAUGACGGCGGGCGCGAUUGCGGGCGUGCUGGAGCAUGUGAUCAUGUAUCCGCUGGACUCAGUCAAGACUCGAAUGCAGAGCUUGUCACCGCCAACAAAGGAUUUAAAUAUACUUUCUACCUUUCGGAACAUGGUCACCCGUGAGGGUUUAUUAAGACCUAUUCGUGGAGCCAGCGCUGUAGUCUUGGGAGCCGGUCCUGCGCAUUCGCUCUACUUUGCCUCCUACGAGAUGGUCAAAGAACUGACGGCAAAGUUCACAAAACACAACAACCUCAACUACGUGAUUUCGGGAGUGGUGGCCACUGUUAUUCACGAUGGCAUCUCCAGCCCCACGGACGUCAUCAAGCAGCGGAUGCAGAUGUACAACUCGCCGUACACAUCGGUUGUCACCUGCAUACGGGACGUUUAUAAGAAGGAGGGCUUUAAGGCAUUCUACAGAGCAUAUGGGACGCAGCUAUUCAUGAACUUACCAUAUCAGACGAUACAUUUUACAAUAUACGAGUUUAUUCAGAACAAAUUUAAUCUGGAGCGGAAAUACAAUCCAAAGGUGCACAUGGUGGCGGGUGCAGCGGCGGGUGCCAGUGCGGCGGCCAUCACAACGCCAUUGGAUGUUGUCAAGACGCUACUAAACACUCAGGAGACAGGUCUAACCCGAGGCAUGAUCGAGGCUGCCCGCAAGAUCUACCAUAUGGCUGGUCCAUUGGGCUUCUUCAGAGGAAUGACUGCCCGCGUGCUGUACUCCAUGCCGGCGACAGCUAUUUGCUGGUCCACGUACGAAUUCUUCAAGUUCUACCUUUGCGGCAUGGACGCCGAAAAGUACAAAUCGUCAAUUACGGGUAAAGCUGAGAUCCGCAAAACGGACUACGUACUCCCGGCGAGCGAAGGCGCUGAGCACACCGAUCAGGAGCGGGAGCGAGAGUCAAAGGAGAGUGCUGCCACUGCGACACUACAUCCAGCGCCCACAUCCGUAAACCCAUCUGGUGCCAUCAAGACGGUAUGCGAGCUGUCAACGCGACCCGCCGCACCCACAAUCAACCUACACACGAGGCAUACGGACGUGAAGAGUCCCUACGAGCGGGGAUUCUCUACGUAGGCACGUGGACGUGGCCGCGAGCGGGGCCUUCGUUCGAAUUUCGAAACGUUUGUAGAAGCAGUAGCGACAGCUAAACCUAAGCGUAGCUUUUAGUUGGCAGCGUGUGUCGGGAGGGCUGGGGGAUGGGUCGGAUUAGGUUGUGGUGGUCGCCACGGCAUUAGAAAUGCCUGUGCCACCGGUCGGCUAAUCCCAGCUGUUCCCACGCCCCCGAUCCCAGCUGCUUGUAUGAAUACUCUGCGAGGAGUCGGUGAGAGAGUUUUAUCACUCCAUAGACGGAGGUUAAAUCGUAGUUGUUGUUCUGCACAAAACUCUCGCUCUCACACUUACGCAAAAACUCCCAAACAAAAACAAAAACAAAAGAAUCACCACCCCCUACCCAAGCACACUACACACUACACACCCCAAACAACAAACAAAACACAGUUUUAGGCGAAAAGCGAAAUUCUUGUUAAAAAUAAUGCUAAUGCUAAUUCUUGUACAAUACUAUUACCUAUUACCUACUAUUAUGUAUUACAACUCUGAUUUAUUACAUAUGUAUAUUUUUUAAAGUUUCGAAAAUAUAUAUGCAUAUAUUUAUGUUGAUCGUUGUAAAGUAA